AUGUCGUGGUUCAGACGAGAUCCACCCAACACGAUCAACGCUUGGGGCCACAAAUUCGUGCUCACAGACGAGCACUUGACUCUGGAACAAAUGAAUCCAGCAAAACACACUUGGGACUAUCUGGGAGAAAAAGCAUUGAAUCGACUAAACGAGAUAUCGCCACCACCGCCACGCACAGUGCAGAAAAAGUCCGAAGGCAAUGAACCAUUCCCAGAUGAUGAAAAGCAACCUAAACCGGAUGUCAAGCCUAAGAGGGAUCUGUAUGCGUUACUGCGUGACCAUGCUGCUGAAGAUGAGGUACUGCAACAACUCUGGCAGCAGGUAAAUACUGUUCCGGAGUGGGUGGACUGGGAGCAGAUUGCACGUGGACAGGAUAUCUUCUACCGAUAUGGUGGACCCGUGCUUACUGGACUGGCAUAUCAAUCUCUUCUUGGUGGACUUGGUGCAGCUCGGGUGACUGAAGUGUUAUCGAGAACUGGAGGCUUCGCUGUGGAUGUUGCAAGAAACCGAUUAUUCGAAACCACACAAUACCUUCUUCAAUGCACAAGGUCACUGUCAGAUAUCCAACCUGGAGGCGAGGGAUGGGCUGCCACGAUACGAGUACGACUAUUACACGCCACAGUACGAAACCGCAUCAUGAAACUAGCAGAGACACGGCCAGAAUACUUUGACACGGAAAAACUAGGAGUUCCCAUCAACGACAUGGAUUGUGUGGGUACAAUCGUCAGUUUCUCAAGCGCAUUAAUCUACAUUUCCUUGCCACGUCAAGGUAUCUACCUCCGACCACAGGAAAUCGAAGACUACACCGCACUGUGGAGAUACAUAGCCUACGUAAUCGGCUGCCCAACCGAUGGCCUGCUGGAAACAAAAGAACAAAGCAAACGCAUCCUCGACAGCAUCAUGCAACACGAAAUCGCACCCACCCGCACAUCCCAAAUCCUCGCCAACAAUGUCAUCAGAAGUUUACAAGACAAACCACCAGGUUAUGCAUCCGCAGACUUUCUAAUCGCGGGAGCCAGAUGGCUGAAUGGCAAUCAACUCUGCGAUGCCCUCGCACUGCCCAGACCGAGUGUUUACUACACGGCACUCAUGGCCGGCCAAUGCAUUUUCUUUGGCUUCUGGUGCUACACCAACCGUAUGAACAAAUCCACUGAUCAAAAAAAGCUAGUGGUCUUGCGAGACAUCUUCUGGAAAAUCAUCGUCAAGGGAGGGUUGAAGGGUGAAGAGACGGAUUUUGAUUUCAAGUAUGUGCCGGAGUAUAGUAUCAUGACUGAAAUGGGUGGGGUGGAGGAAGUCAAGUUGAGCAAAUCAGAGAUUGAGAUUGCGAGUUUGAAGUGGUUGGUCAUGGGUGUUGGUGUUGUGGCAGUGGUAGGGUUUGUGGUUACCAAGGUUGGAUUGUUGGGGGUAAGGAUGGCGACUUGGGGGGUCAAGAGUGCUUGGAGUCUGUUGUAG